GACGGACUGUGACUCCCAGGGGCUGCUGUGCUCCUAUCCCGUUGGGAACAUCUCCCUGCUCCGAAAUGGAAAGGAAAAGGUGAUGACGUACGGGACCUCCUACCGGAUUUGCCUCCGGCUCCUGAUGCCGGAGUCUCCCAUCAACCAGAACUUGGGAAUGUUUAUGGUGAGGAUGACCUGCUACACCAAGGAAGGGAACGAGAUCUCCAGCGUUUCCAGAUCGGCGAUGCUACAUUACAAAUCGUGGCUGCUGCAGACUCUGGACACGCUGGUCUACGCCCCCCUUUUUGUCACGGGCCUGGUGGAGCAGGCGCAGGUGGUUGAGGUCGAGAUGUACUCGGACUACCAGGAGGACUCGUACACGCCGACGAUGGGGGCCGUGAUCGAGAUCCAGACCACGCGCAUCGAGAUCUACAAGGCGCAGCUGCAGAUCCACGCCCACUUCACGGGAAUACGGUACAUCUUGUACAGGUUCCCCGUGACCUCAGCCAUCAUCGGGGUGGCCACGAACUUCACCUUUCUGUGCGUCCUCGUGCUGGCCAGCUACCUGCAGUGGGUCUGGGGGGGUUUGUGGCCCCCAGACUCCAGGCCGACACCAUCCCCAGGAGAGCCGCCAAGGGAAGCAGUCCCUGUGAGUCCCCCUCGUGUCGCUACGGGAGGAGAGAGGGGUUUGCUGGGGGAUGGUUGGCAUCGGGAGUCUCGGCUUGGCCGUGGGGGAGUGGUCACAGGCCUCCCUGCUCCCUGCUCCCUGCAAUGGCCACAGCAACCCCUCCCGCGCCCCUGCAGCCACCUCCUCGAUUCAGUGGGGAAUCGCAAGCGAGGGUUGGGCGGAUUGGGCUCCAAAGCUGCGAUCUCGCUGCCCCCUCCCUCCCUCCAGAGAGAGGCACGGUCCCAUCACGUUGUGCUCAGUACCACAAGCAGGAGCACAUGCCCAUGGAGGGGGGUGAUGAGGGGGGGGGUUGACCCACCAGUGGACCGGUCACCUCUGCUGUGUCCAAGGUGCUAUGGAAAUGCAGGUGGCCACCUCGUGGUUAUGUUCAGCCUUGGGUUGGAUGGUGAGCUCAGGCAUGAGGGUGGGGUGUCUGUCUGA